AUGCGACAUUUAACCGGUAAUCGAUGCCGUUGUCCAAUCGGUCGUAUGGGUAUCAUGUGUCGCAGACCUUGUCAAGAUAUCUAUAAGUCAUGUAAACGUUGGAAAGAAGAAAAUCGUUGCCAAUGGGCUAAACAUAUUUUACCAUUUUUUGAAGAUAAUUGCGCAGAAACUUGUGGUUUAUGUCAAAAUAAUGGCAAAUCAUUAAAGAUUCCAUUACCGCCUAUUCUUGAACCAAUAUCAUGGAUAAUUGGUCAUUGGGAAACGGAAACAUUAUCCGGUGAUCGAUUUCCGGUAUCAUUUGAGCAACCAUACAAGGAGGUCUUGGAUAUUUCACUUACCGAUGUACCAAUGUUCGAUCGUCCACCCGUUAAUGUUUCAAUUCGAGCAUAUACUUCUGAUGGAGCAGAAUAUAAUGAAGUUGGUUUCAUGACUGGAAAACCGUUCCGUGAAGCAACCGGAUUUCAGGAAUACAAUAAAUCAAUAAUUAGAAAUGAUCAGGUUGCUAUUGAAAUGGUCAGUAAUACAGGUGUAAUUACAAUUGAAGAAGGAAUGUUACAAAAUGGUGAAAUUUUGCUCACAUUAAAAUAUAAGCAUGCAAUUCCAGCAGCUAUUCAUUAUCUCUUAAAAAAGUCACGACGAAUUUUUAAAUUAAAAAAUUGGAAUGUAUUAGUUGAGAAAACAUAUAUGGAAGAUUCAAAUGGUGAAAUCCGGAAAUGGAUCAAACGAUAUCGAAGGACAAAAGAUUAUUUAAAGGAAUAUUAG